UGUUACAAACGUUAGCUAACGUUAGAUAACUCACUUAUUAGCUAUACACGAGGAAAUGCAAGCUAUUGCAACUGUAGUAUAGUAGUCAAUGCUCAAAAUUAAUGUUACCGCCUUUCCCUCUAUGAUCGCAUGACGUGACGAACCAAAGUUAAAUGUUAUAUUUAUUGUUUGCAAGCAAUGUUGUCAAUCUGAUAUUCACUAAAGUUACAGGUGUAAUAUGUUUAGUGGACUCUGAAGCUUACAUUCCCUUAAGACUAAAUUGUAUUAUCAUCGUUUUACGUUAUUGUUUUUUCGUCUGGCUACAUACUGUACUACUAACUUUGCAAGGUAGCUAAAUCGACUGCCCAGGUUGCAGAACAGUCUGAUUCCAUGUUACAUCCGUAGCUAACUCUAGAAAGCGAAACAAAUUAAGCAGACGUGGAUAUUCGUCAUCUGAAUGCAUUUGAUACUAUACUUUUUUAUUAUUACUAAAACAACAGUAACAUAGACUGAAAUCCAACAAGGGAAGCUAACCUCUACGCGGUUUGUAGACUACCGAUGUGUUUUAUGCUUGCAUUCAGUCCUAUUUUACGGACACAAGCGAGAGGUUUGCAGUUGCACCGUUUUACCGGGACACCGAGUUUAAUUGGAAAGCUGUGCAGAAUGUCAUCGACAAACCCACUGGCUGCAGUAUGUCAGGUGACCUCUACCCCAGACAAGGAGGCCAACUUCGCAGCUUGUAAAAGAUUGGUGGAACAGGCAAAGGAAAGAGGGGCCUGCAUGGUCUUCCUUCCCGAGGGCUUUGACUACAUUGGGUCCAGUCGUGAUGAGACGCUAAAUCUGUCCGAGAGCAUGGAAGGGGAGACAAUCUCACGCUACGCUGAGCUGGCCAGGAAGUUGGAGGUUUGGCUUUCUCUCGGAGGAUUUCAUGAACGAGGGGAAAACUGGGAGAGUGACAGGCGGAUCUACAACAGUCACAUCAUUUUAGAUGCACAGGGACAUACAGUGUCAGUGUACAGGAAGGGUCACCUGUUCGAUGUGGAGUUGACAGGAAGGGGCGUGUCCCUGAAGGAGAGUGCCUUCACCGUCCCCGGCCCCGCCCUCACUCCCGCUGUACAGACGCCCAUCGGAAAGGUGGGAUUGGGUGUAUGCUAUGAUUUGAGAUUCCCAGAGCUCUCAUUGGCUCUCCGGCGGCAGGGAGCGGAGAUCCUCACGUAUCCGUCAGCUUUCACUGUGGCCACGGGAGCAGCCCACUGGGAGGUGCUGCUUCGCGCCCGUGCCAUCGAGACGCAGUGCUUCGUCCUGGCCGCGGCCCAGGUGGGCAGUCACCACGCCAAGCGGGCCUCCUACGGCCACGCCCUGGCCGUCGACCCCUGGGGGACGGUGCUGGGCGACUGCGGCGGUGCGGAGGCGGGCGUGGCGCUGGUGCAGGUGGACAUGCAGAAGCUGCGGGAUACGCGGAGGGACAUGCCGGUGGAACAACACCGCAGAGAGGCCACAUUCUACAGCAGCCUGGGCUGAGGAGAGAGCGGCCCCUGCAUGCAGUCCAUUUUACAUAUUCAUUCAGCCGACUAUUUAUCAUAUGCAGGGCUUAAAGUUCUCAGGCACCAUGCCUGAUUUCAGGCGUAGAGCAGUUUUAUAUUCAGAUAAGACUCAAUUCAAUUCAUCAAUUCAAUUCAAUACAUUGUGCACAUUUCAUCCUGGACAACUUUUCAGGCUCACAAAUUCUUCUUGAUUUAAUCCCUGCAUACGAUAUGAUCAAGCUAUUUUUAUUUUUGCAAGAUGCCUUCUACUCCUCACUUACAAUGAGCUGAUUGACUAAGUGCAUUUAAUUAUGCCAAUGUAAUUAAAGCCAGAGAUCAUGUUGUCUACUGAUGUAAGCACCUCUUAAUUCUUCAGUGUCGCUGAUGUUCGGUUUAACAACUGUAAUUAGCCUCGAUGUGUUAAAAGUGUUCUCAAAGUGCUCUCAGAGUGUCUAACUCCCCCUUUUGGUUACAGAUUAUAAAAAAAUACAAAAACAGUUGAUCUCCCAUUCUCACAAGUAUGGGCCUUUGUGGUUGUAUAAUAUGUUUUGAAAAAGGUACCCAUUGUAUGAUGUAUGUUAAAGAAUGGGCCAUUAUUGACUGUGUUUUCACUGUUGUUCAUUCCAUUCUUGUUUUAUCUGGUAUAUUUUCAGACACACUAUUAGGGGGUUAUGUUUGUCAUGAUUUAAAUAAUAAGGGGCAAAUCAUAAUAUGAACAUAUUUAUUUUACUGUGAUCUUGA